GCGGCUGCGCAGAGCGGCCGGAAGGGGCGGGCCCGGGGCGUUGCCCCGCUCUGGAAGGCGGAAGCAGCGCGGCCAUGGUGGUGCUGAGCGCGGCGCGGUGGGUCCGCAGCCGCUUGACCGAUCGGUUCUGGCGGGUGCAGGAGGUGCUCAAGUAUGCGCGGCACUUUCGCGGCAGGAAGAACCGCUGCUACAAGCUGGCGGUGUGCAGCGUGCGCAGAGCGUUCGUCAAGUCCACCAAGGCCAGGAGGGAGAAGAAGAGGUUCCUCAGAGCGCUCUGGAUCACCAGGAUUGAAGCAGCGUCUCUUGAGCAUGGUUUGAAGUACCCGGCAUUCAUAAGCAACCUGGCCAAGGCGCAGGUGGAGCUGAACAGGAAGGUCAUCGCUGACCUGGCCAUUUACGAGCCAAAGACUUUCAAGUCUCUGGCCGCCCUGGCCCAGCGGAGGAGACAAGAAGGAUUCCUGGCGGCCCUGGGCGACGGGAAGGAGCCUGAGGGGAUAUUUUCACGUAUUGUUCACCACUAUUGACGUUAAAGAGACUGCAUGUAAUCAGGGAGUUGCGUUGCAAUGUGAAUUCACUCAGAGAACGCUGCUCGAGUGUAAUGGACCUGCUGAGGAAGGUUCUGGAAGGACGGGGCAGCUCCGGGCGCGAACCUGGCGAUGUUUUUCCUGGGAUUGCGGUAACUGAGACGCGUCGAGUGAGAAACCGCAGCUCAAUGUGGGAGUCCUGUGGGAUGCCCGUGUUACUGACACAGUGUGUUCACUUUACCAAUAAAUGGUUUGUGGUAACUGC